UGCACUUGGAUAGGAGUCAGGGCGCUGUUUGGAAUUGAGCCAGAGCGACGGUUAUCCAAACACCGGUGUAGGUUGUUUGUAGCAACCGGAGUAGCGACACGACGGCUUAACAGCACUUUAUGAAUUUGGUGUUUAUAAAUAUUACUGUCUUUUAUGAAGCUCAAUGUGUGCAGAAUUAAAUAAUGAAUCUGGGUGAUGGCCUGAUGUUUGAACUUGAGAAUGGGAAGCCCAAGCUCGUGUUAGCCCACUAUGGUGAGUCAAAGGCCUCCAGCAAAAUGGGAUUUUGUCAAGUCCCUCAGAAGAACAGACCAGCGAAAGCCGCAGCCACCUCCAAACAGGGUCCUAAAGAAGAGGAAAGAUGGCAGAGAGACAGGAAGUGCCGAGAUGCUGGAGGUGUCAAUCACGCUGUCAAUGGCCGAAAGACCAAAGUGAAGAGCAGGACUGAUCACUGCAGCAUCAUUGGGGUGGUCAGGCUGCAGUCAGAGAGCAAAACCAAGUCCACCAAUGAAACGUCCAAUGUCACAGAGAAGACUGUAAAGGAGAGCUUAGUGUGUUUAACUCAAGAACAACUUCAGCAGAUCCUCAGCAGCAUCAAGGCGUCAGGGCAAAAUGUCCAAGACGACUCUACAGCUCACAACCAGAAUGGAGCAGCUACAAAGGAGGAAGAAAGUGAAACAGUGACUAGUGUAACUGGAAAGGACCAACAAAUAAACUCACAAAGAAAUGAGGAAAAAACCCUGAGCGAUUCCACCCCAGCAGGCCUGUUCAGCACUUUUGGAGAACGUGAGCAGAAGAGAGACAAGCUCAAGGCUAAAAAAGCACAAUGGAGAAGAGAGCUAGACGAGCAGAUGGCACUUAAAAAGCAGCAGAAAGAGAGCGCAGAGGUUCUGGCUCAUAGUGAUCAACGGAGAGGCACGGAAGCUGGACCGAGAUCAGGUGACCAGCUCUCAGCGGUGCAAGAGGACAGAAUAAAACAGCCUGGCACAGAAAUCGCAAAUAACCGGCCACCAGCUCCUCAGACACACAGCAAUCCAAAGCCUCUUCCGUCUGCUAUCCGCUCAGCGUUUGUACUGGGGGAAGCUGUGCCACUGGAGCGGGCAUUCAGUGAAGAGAAGAAAGAGCAGCAGAGACGCUGGUUGCAGGACAUAGAGCAGCAGAGAGAGGAAACCAAACUGCGCAGGAAGCUGGAGAAACAGAGCCAGAGCCAGGCAGAGGAUCACGAUCGCUGGGCCAUGCACUUUGACUCGUUUCAGCGGCGUCUCCCAGUACAGCCUCCUUCCGCUGCAGAGCUUGAUGUGGGCAGCUCCCUCUCCCAUCACCGCUCCCCCUCUCAGGCUCUAUCCACUGCCUGGGAAGCCAUGAGCGCAUAUGGAGGGGACAGUAUGGGCAGAGCCAGUGUGGACACCACUCAGGGCUUUCAGCCGAAGUCAAGCUACCUGCGUACCAUGACAGCACUGCUAGAUCCAGCUCAGAUAGAGGAGAGAGAGAGGAAGCGUGUGAAACAGCUCGAACAUCAGCGAGCUAUCGAGGCUCAGGUGGAGGAGCGGAGGCGACAGAAAGAGAAAGAAGCAGCUACUCGGCAAGCCAUGGAGCAGGAGGAAGAGCGCCGAAUCGCUAAAGAGAGGGAACUUCUGCAGCAGCAGUACCUGAGAGACACUCAGCUACAGAGACAAAAAGAGGAGUUACAGUCACGCAAAACAGAGGAGCUGUAUCUGAGUGUACAGAGGGCAUCAGAGGAAGCACAGAAAGACAAACACCUACAGAGAAUUAGAGACCUGGUGAAGAAAGGCCAUGAUGUUUCUAACCUGUUGCGGAGUGAAACUACCUCACAGGCAUUGACCGGUCAAGGUUCAGAGAGUUUGACUACAUUGGACACCAUAACAGAGGCUCCACACACAGCCAAGAAAGACACCGCAGUUCAGACAGAAAUAAAUCCAGGUAGCCCAUUCCCUGAGACCAACGGAGGCAUUCAAACUACAGUUGAGUACAAGGCUCCUCCUGAUAUUAAAAGAUCCAGACGUGAAGCCAGGCUGGUCGAAAAGAACAGUGGAAAGGAGAACAUGUGCAUGGCCAUCAAAGGAGGAGAUCCUUACGAAGCCUAUGCCCGAACAGACCGAAACCAGGGACAACAGCAGCUCCUCAGGAGACCAGAGUGGAACACACAGAGGCCCGGGAAGGCGUUUGUUCCUGCGUCAGAGCGUUACCCUGCCGCCCUGCAGAGGCACAGGCAGGAGAACAGGAUGCGCAGGCAGAUGGAGCUCAUGACCUUGGUGGAGCGGAACACACUUUCCAGAACGCCACAGCAAGCAAUGCCUGCACGUUCUGGAAAUCCAUCUCGCAUUCAGCGGCACUCGAACUCAGCUCAUCAGAAAGAUGGGGAUUCACAUAGAGUACAAUCUGUCAGUCAAAACAGAGUUUCCUCGCCUCCUGUCCCUGCCGUGAAGCACAGGCUCCAGCUUCUUCCUCCAUCCUGUGCAGGGGAACAGUCAGAGAGCUGUGGAUGGCCUCCAUCAUCUGAUUAUGUCCCAUACGUGCGCACAGACGAGGUUUAUCACCUGGAUCCUCUUGCCCCAAUCUCCAGACCCGCCACACACGAAGGAACACAGAAGAUACAUUCAGAUGUGAGCAGCAGCAGACAGCACACACCUCUGGUGCAGCGGGAUCCUCUCCUACACCCUGAGCUGCUGAAGAGCACAGAGAGACAGCAAGCUAUUCUCAAAGGCUUGUCUGAACUCAGACAGGGCCUGCUGCAGAAACAGAGAGAGCUAGAAACCAGCCUAAGUCCUUUACUGCAGGGGCAAAGCAGAACCCACUCACCAGCUUUCCAGCCCCCAUGAGAGAACCACAAAUUUCCAUUCAGAGUAUGAUAUACACCAGCACUUUACUGUCCACAGUGAACACACACUAUGGAUCCGAAUGAUUUCAUUUCUGCAGCACCUACUGCAAAUUACACAUGCACUUUUCAUUGACCGGGGUUGUUUUUAAACAGUUCCUAAAGGUAAAUACCUAUUUCUCUUUAUGCUGAUGUACUGAAUUUAGCUGAACUGAUAAUUAGUGUGGUUAAUUUUAUUGGUUAAGGUAUUAUUUAUUGGGUUGCUAAUUAUGACUGUGUUCACUUGAACUGCAUUUAUGACUUGAUGAAUUUGAUGGUGAAUUUCUCACCAUUUUCAACCAGGUACUUUAAGGUUUUAAUGUGAAUUAAAGUAUUUUUGACUUUGGUAAA